AUGAAUAAAGAGGUUGUCAAAAACGAAAGCCCAUUUUCCAAGGAGAGAAUCACCUCUGUUUGCUGUGGAUUAGUCGAGAUUGAUAUGGAUGAUGUGCUCCUUUUCGUUCAUUACUCUGCUCAGACCUUCUUUCAAGGACGAAAAGAAUUAGAGUUUAACAAUUUUUGCGUAGAAAUCCCUCUGGCCUGCGCAAAGUAUCUUUGUAUGAGAGCCUCCGAGUCGCCCGCUGUAAUUUGCCAUUCAGAGGAAUCCAUCAAUGAGCCAGAAGACGAAGAGGUUGAUACCGCUCCCUUUGCCGAAUACGCAGCUGAAUUUUUAAAUCGACAUUUCAAAAUUGUCCGUAAGCCAGAGAGUACGACGAAGUACAAGGAGCUCGAACGCUAUUUACGCAAGCUCGUUAAGGAAGCACCAAACAGAAUGUACUAUUCUAAAUUGCUAGAUCAAUCACUAGCUUAUCACACUCGCUCAAGUUUUUUAAGAGGGCGCAGCCGGCAACUUCUUGGUCUUGCUUACGAGGGGCUUUUCAAUGAAGUAGAGAAUUUCAUCCUCACUCACCCUCCCGACUCCGAAGAACCCAGUGAUGGCUCAAGCUGUACUUGGAGAGGCAGCUGUGCUUCUUCAGACAUUUGUACAUUAAUUAGCGAGGACUCUGAGGAGGAGACCCUCCAAGCACAAGAACAAGACUUCUUCAAUACCGCUUGCUUUAUAGCUGUAGAAUGCGGUCAUACAAAGACAGUUGAAGUGCUUUUGAAUAAUGGUGUAGAUGGUAAAUCAAAAAACUUCUUUGGUCAGCCCCUCUUGCAUCGUGCCGUCUUCCGAAACAAAAAAGAUAUUGUGAAGGUCAUCCUUGAUAAGACUCAUCUCGUAGAUAUUGAGGAUAAGUACCAGAGGACUGCGUUCACUACUCAUGCUGGUACUGAACACGAAGGAAACGUCGGGGUGAACCCAUCUAUAACCAACGAGUUUGGCUGGACCCCACUUCACGAAGCUUCCGCUAACGGCCACUUGGAAUGUGUCAAGCUGUUACUCCGAAAAAAAGCAAUGCCCUCCCCAAUCUCUGAUGAAGGGAAAACCCCGCUUGACCUAAUUAAUUCAGGCGAGCUACACUACGGAUGGCUCAACCUAGAUCAUGAUGCAGAACAUUAUCUCAAUGGCGAAGAAUACAGAAAGAGAGAAGUAGGGCCUGGUGAUACUGAACACCAGAAUGAAAUCAGAGAGCUGUUGCUCAAACAUGGAGCGAAAACGGGCGAAGAACUGUACAACGAAGAUGAAUCAGCAUUCAUGCAUAUUAUGAGCGGUCCUUUUAAGCAAAGGUUGGACUUUGAUGAUACCUGGAUGAGUUAUUUGUCUGGCUACCUUUAA